CGCUUCUCUGGUUGGGGUCCCUCCUUCAAGGGAGGUCUGACAGGCCAUCAGGCCUCUUUCAACAAAAAGGGCUGCGCGAUGCAGUCAACUUCCAUGGAAGUGUAUGAACAAUUAUAUAUUAUAUACUUUGAAUUUUUCGCCCAGCUGAUUUACUGUAAUUGUGUGGGCUGCGUUGAACCCACAGUCAGUGGUGUGCUUGUCAUGCAUCCUGGCUCAAGAGCCUGCGCUGGACACAUUCUGCCAAGAAGGCUCUUCUGGCGAAUGCUCCAAUCCAUUUGAGGUAUGGCUGGAGCGGCUGGAGCCUUUUUGCCCGCAGAACACGCGCAGAAAGGUUUGGGCAUCAACGGGUAUGGUAUGCAUCAAUACGGAGCUGUAAGUGACCAAAUGUACCAGGCGCAGGCACCAUGUAUGAACAAUGGCUUCCACGGAUGUAGCAAUUAUGGCAACAAUGGAAUGGCCAACUACACUUACCAUGAUCAGAUGAAGCAGACAGGAUUUGGUGGCGGCUAUGGUGUUACCUCUCCUUACAACGGCGGGUUUGGAGGGGAGUACCAGCAGGAACAUGCUGAGGGGUAUGGGUGGAGGCAGGAAUACUCGCAAGGAGUAGUGCCAGAAUACGAGGCAGAAGCCUUGUGGUCGACUGCAGCUGACGAAGAGUUUGCACAGGUCCAUGUUUUUGGCCCGAGCGGGGAGCAAGUUCCUCCGGCAGUCACUAGCUUCCAACAAGCUCAGGAAUUGUUCCCUGAGGUGCUUAUUCACAAGCUUCUGGAGGCAGGUUUUGCGGCCCCCACGCCAAUCCAGGCUCAUACUUGGGCCAUUGGUGUGGCAGGGAGAGAUGUGAUCGGAAUUGCAAAGACUGGCAGUGGAAAGACCCUCGCCUUUCUCAUGCCGGGCUUCCUGAAGAUCACUCAAUCCCGGAGCCGCUAUCCGCAGCUUUGCGUGCUUGCACCAACACGAGAGCUUGCAUGUCAAAUUGAAGCUGAGGCCAUGGGACUGGAGGAAAGCUUGUUCUGA